AUGGCAAUAGACUAUAAACCGUUGAAUCUUGGACAAGGAUUUCCAGACUAUCCACCACCUCAAUAUAUCAUGGAUACGUUGAGCAAUGUUGCAGUUGGAGAGGACUACAUGCUUCAUCAAUAUACUAGAGGAUUUCUCAAAAUACUGAAUCUCAGUGAUGGAAAAUGCUCAGCAGAACUGAAAGUGGAAGAAGAACAUUUGAGUCCCUGGGACACUUUGCAUGGGGGUAUGUCUGCACUCCUUCUUGAUAACAUAUCCACGUGGGCCUUACAAACACACAAAAACGCCGAUGACGUGAAGGCAGCAGUAUCCGUCGAAAUCAAUAUGACUUUCAUAAAAGCCGCCAAAGAAGGAGAAGAAAUACAGAUUGACGCAAAUACGUUGAGAGCUGGAAAAUCGCUAGCAUUUUUAGAAAUGUUCAUCAGAAACAAAUCCACAGGAGAACUCUUAGUGAAAGGAGGCCAAACGAAAUAUUUAGUACGUCGACAAUGACCGAUAAAUGAACUUCAGAUAAUCGGAACCAUAUGUGCCAGAUUCCACAAGAAUCAAAUCUAAUUGUUCAUCAGGGAAAAUCAAACAAUAAUUGUCGAUAUUACCAUCAUCAUCUCUGUUAGACACACAAUAAAAGUUAUAACAGUAUAG